AUGAGUAUAGCAAUUAAUAAAUUAAUUAGCUUAGGAGCCAUAAAAAAAUGCGAUCCUAGAAAUGAUCAAUAUAUUUCUAAUACAUUUUUAGUACCAAAGCCUAAUGGAAGUAGCCGUUUUAUAUUGAAUUUGAAAUCAUUUAAUAAAUUUGUUACAAAGUCCCAUUUUAAAAUGGAGGACUAUCGAACUGCCUCUAAGCUUAUACCACACAACGGAUUUUUAGCCACAAUUGAUUUAAAAGAGGCAUACUUACUUAUACCUGUACGUGAAGCAGAUCGAAAGUACCUCCGUUUUCAAUUUGUACCUCAUGGCUCAAAUGAAACUGAAAUGUACGAAUUUACAGCCAUGCCUUAUGGGUUGUCCGUAGCACCUAAAGUGUUUACAAAAAUUAUGAAAGAGGUCGUAACACACCUAAGAAAACAGGGAUUUAAGUCUGUUGUUUACUUAGAUGACAUUUGCUGUAUUGGUGAUAGUUAUGACGAGUGUCUAAAUAACGUAAACGCUACGGUUAACUUAUUUGAAACUUUGGGUUUCAUUAUUAAUAAUGACAAAAGUGUAUUACAACCCUCACAAAUUUGUAAAUUUCUCGGAUUCAUAUUUGACUCACGAAAUCUGACAAUAGGUUUACCCCAAGAAAAACGGGAAAAGAUUUACCGUUUAGUAUCUAAAUUCAUGAAGUUACCUCGAUGUACCAUUCGAGAGUAUGCUCAGUUGAUUGGUGUUCUCAUCUCCGCUUGCCCUGCCACCAAUUAUGGUUGGUUGUAUACAAAAUUGUUAGAAAGGCAUAAAUUUCUAAGUCUUAAAAAACAUCAAGAUAAUUACGAGGCCAAAAUAAAUCUUCCAGAAACUAUCCUGGAUGAUUUAUGUUGGUGGAAAGAUAAUAUAUAUACAACUUCGUCACAUAUGAGAACGUCAAGUUUUAAGUUAGAAAUUUACACGGAUGCGUCAAGAACCGGAUGGGGUUCUGUAUGCGGUGAUAUUACUAUCGGAGGCCAUUGGAAGGCUGCUGAGAGCGAACACCACAUCAACUACCUAGAGCUCUUAGCAGUGUUUUUAGGCCUUAAGAGCUUUGCACUAAAUGAAACGAAUUGCUUCAUUUUAUUAAGAAUAGACAAUACUACUGCAAUCAGUUACAUAAAUCGAAUGGGUGGAAUCCAAUUUCCGUAUUUGAACGAUCUAAGUAGGCAAAUUUGGCAAUGGUGCGAGAUGCGGGACAUAAUAUUGUACGCAUCGUAUGUUAAUACAAAGGAUAAUCGAGCCGACGAGGCGUCACGGAAGUCCAACCCCGAUACAGAAUGGGAGUUGUCAAAUCAGGCUUUCCAAACGAUUGUCAGACGUUUCGGCCAACCUGAAAUAGAUAUCUUCGCAUCUCGAUCCAAUACCAAAUGUGACAAAUUCGUGUCCUGGUUCCAAGAACCUGAUGCUUUUGCUGUCGAUGCGUUCACGCUCAACUGGAGUCAACAUUUUUUCUAUGCAUUCCCACCUUUCUGCUUAUUACUGAAAUGCAUCCGAAAAAUUAUUGACGACAAUGCAACAGACGACCCCACCGCUUGCACACCAGCCUUACCCUGGCUGCCGCGACGCUAUCAGCACGGCCUUCUCCCGCCGCGGCGUUCCGCCAGAAGCGAUCCCAUUAGCUUUAGCCUCGCUUUCGGAGAACACAAGAACUUUAUCAAAAUUACAAUACCCGAUUUGAUAAAAACCUCUGCUCCCGGCCGAGAACAGCCCCUAUUGAAUAUACCUUACUUUAGAGAGAACUUAAGCAUUUGCCCUGCCCUGACUCUCAAAGACUAUAUUUUGGUAACACAAAAUAAGAGAGCCAGGAAUCAUGGUGCGCUAUUACUAACACACAAGGCCCCUCACAGAGCUGCUACGAGUCAAACUGUAGGUCGAUGGAUACGGCAGGUACUAGCAGCGGCGGGCGUGGACGUGUCCACGUUUGGUGCGCACAGCACGCGACACGCGUCCACGUCGGCUGCGAGGGCCGCCGGUGUAUCUAUAGAGGUCAUCCGCAAAGCUGCGGGAUGGACAGCCAAGUCUCAAACAUUUUCAAAAUAUUAUGAUAGGCCGUUAAAGGACGGCAACAAUGAUGAGUUUGCCAAAGCUGCGUGCUUUGGUCGUAAUAUGUCUGAUUAA